AUGGCGAUGUCUAUUCUGAAGCUAAGAAACUCACCGGCUUUGAGAUCCGCCGCAAACACUAUUUCCCGGAUCGGAGUUUCAUCAUCAAGGGCUUUCUCAAAGCUCUCAGAGGGCACAGACAUAACCUCGGCGGCUCCAGGCGUUUCCCUCCAGAAAGCUCGGAGCUGGGACGAAGGCGUUUCCUCCAAAUUCUCCACCACACCAUUGUCAGAUAUCUUCAAGGGGAAGAAAGUCGUCAUCUUUGGACUUCCUGGCGCUUACACGGGAGUUUGUUCACAGCAGCAUGUGCCAAGCUACAAGAGCCACAUGGAUAAGUUCAAAGCCAAAGGCAUUGACUCCGUCAUCUGUGUCUCUGUCAAUGAUCCAUAUACUAUAAAUGGUUGGGCAGAGAAGAUUGGUGCUAAAGAUGCUAUUGAGUUUUAUGGAGAUUUUGAUGGGAAAUUCCAUAAAAGCUUGGGUUUAGACAAAGAUCUCUCUGCUGCAUUGCUUGGCCCUCGGUCUGAGAGGUGGUCUGCUUAUGUUGAAGAUGGUAAGGUGAAGGCUGUGAACGUGGAAGAAGCACCAUCUGACUUCAAGGUGUCAGGAGCAGAUGUCAUUUUAGGACAGAUCUAA